AUGCUUGUUACCAGGCACGCCGCUACGGAGCAAAACCCUUGGUCGAGAAGCAAGUUUGAGACCGUCUUUCACAAACCUGUGGAAAGCUUACGCAUGUCGAGCAACUUCGACCCCGUAACGCAGUCGGACUGGCAUAGCCAGUACUCGUUUCUCCCCCCAGGAGAAAACAGCAUCUUUUCUCAAUCGUAUGAGAAUGCUUCAACUUCCAGUGAAAAUGCCGAGUCCCAAGCGCAGUCACGCACGGUGACUGCAUCCAGUAUGAGUGUGGAUGUUGAAGCAUCGAAGCAAACAAGUUCGCCUCUGGGGCAUCGCCUUGACCCUCUCGGCUUGCGGCAGCAGAAGCAGCCAUCGCCAGCUCCCGAGCAGCCAGAAAACCAGGGCGAGACAUACGGGCAAAAGGCUGGGGAGACCACUCAUGAAGCGCCUACAGGGUCGAACGAAGCGCCGCAUAUACCCAUGGAGCCAAAUGCUCUGAACGUGAACUCAUCAGCUGGUCAGGAGUCUGUUUUGGUACAAGCCCAGCCGGCAAGCGAGGAACAGAGUACGGCCAAGGAGGAAGUGGUUGUCGCGGUAGGGGAUACUGAAAUGACAGAGCCGACAAAACAAGGGGAAGAAGGAGGUGGAGCAGAAGGGCAGGCGCAGCAGCAAACGCAAGAAAGUGCCGAUAAGACGAUCCCGAGGAGAAAAAUGAAGCGCUUCAGAUUCCUAAUGAGUGAGUUUGCAAAACAACCACACCCCGAUGCAGCACACAGGGAGCGACUUUCGCGCGAGAUCCCUGGGCUUAGCCCUCGCCAAGUUCAAGUCUGGUUCCAGAACCGGCGAGCCAAGAUUAAGCGCAUGAACGCAGAGGACCGUGAACGAAUGUUGAAGAUGAGGGCAGUCCCGGACGACUUCGACAGCUUAAGCGCUCUUCAUUCUCCAUCCUAUGAUGAGACCAUUGAUGGUGGACGUGCGGAGGCACGAGGGGGAAGAUCACCAUCUAUCGCCAAGUGGCCUUAG